AUGGCCGCCGUCAAUAACCAGGAGAUGGAUUACGCCAUCAAGCCCGAGGCGGUUAACCCGACCGUUUCCUCUGAGGACUGGCCUCUUCUCCUCAAGAACUACGAGAAGUUGCUCGUUCGCACCGGUCACUUCACCCCGAUCCCUGCUGGUGCCUCGCCCCUCAAGCGUGACCUCAAGUCCUACAUCAGCUCCGGUGUUAUCAACCUUGACAAGCCCUCCAACCCAUCCAGUCACGAGGUCGUGGCUUGGAUGAAGCGCAUCCUCAGAUCCGAGAAGACUGGUCACAGCGGUACUCUUGACCCCAAGGUCACUGGUUGCCUGAUCGUCUGCAUUGACCGUGCCACCCGCCUGGUCAAGUCCCAGCAGGGUGCCGGUAAGGAGUAUGUCUGUGUCAUUCGUCUGCACGACAAGAUCCCCGGCGGCGAGGCUCAGUUCCGCCGCGCUCUGGAGACCCUCACUGGUGCGCUGUUCCAGCGCCCUCCCCUGAUCUCUGCCGUCAAGCGCCAGCUCCGUAUCCGUACCAUCCACGAGAGCACCCUGUACGAGUUCGACAAUGAGCGUCACCUUGGUGUCUUCUGGGUCAGCUGUGAGGCCGGUACCUAUAUCCGUACUCUCUGUGUUCACCUGGGUCUUCUGCUCGGUGUUGGCGCCCACAUGCAGGAGCUGCGUCGUGUGCGCUCCGGAGCUAUGGAUGAGUCCAAGGGCAUGGUUACCCUCCACGAUGUGAUGGACGCCCAGUGGGUGUACGAUAACCAGCGCGAUGAGUCCUACCUGCGCAAGGUCAUCAGCCCCCUGGAGAGCCUGCUCACCUCCUACAAGCGUAUUGUCGUCAAGGACAGCGCCGUCAACGCCGUCUGCUACGGUGCCAAGCUGAUGAUUCCCGGUCUCCUCCGUUUCGAGGCUGGCAUUGAGGUCAACGAGGAGGUUGUCCUCAUGACCACCAAGGGUGAGGCUAUUGCUAUUGGUAUUGCUCAGAUGUCUACCGUUGAGCUCUCCACCUGCGACCACGGUGUCGUGGCCAAGGUCAAGCGUUGCAUCAUGGAGCGCGACCUGUACCCCCGCCGCUGGGGUCUGGGACCUACUGCUCUUGAGAAGAAGAAGCUCAAGUCCGCCGGCAAGCUCGACAAGUACGGCCGCACCAACGAGGCCACCCCCUCCAAGUGGAAGAGCGAGUACAAGGACUACAACGCUCCUCUGGAGGACGGAGAGCAGCCCGAGGCCAGGCCCGAGCCCGUUCCCGCUCCCGCCGAGGAGUCUAAGUCUGAGGCUGAUUCUCCUGACGACAAGAAGAAGCGCAAGCACGAGGGCGAGACCGCCGAGGAGAAGGCCGAGCGCAAGAAGAAGAAGAAGGAGAAGAAGGAGAAGAAGGAGCGCCGGAAGUCCAAGCAGGAGGACAGCGAUGACAGCGAGUAA